AAAAAAAAAAGGCAAAGGCAAAAAAGAAAGAAAAGGGAAAGGAAGCGCUGGACAACCUCUCCAAGGCGUGUAGAAGGUAUUUCUUAUUCUUCUUUUUUUUUCUCGCUGUCGCUCUGUCUUCAACUUCUUCUCCGUCUUUGUUUUCUUUUCUGCGGUGCCAACCUCGACUUCUUGACUCUCCGUUCUUCUGCUGCAGACUCCCCGUCGUCCGUCACUUGACACGAGGGUCGUGAUCUGGAGUGCCAGCACCCUUUUUCACGCCUGCCUGUGUGACCGCUCUCUGCCUCGUCCGUCUCGCUUCUCAUUUACCAACGUCAACCUCCGACCGACCCUCGACCGUCCAACGACAUCUGUCCUGCCAUUCGCUGACCUGAAAUCCGGCGCAGAGAAAGGUGAUAUAUACCAGAAGAGUCGGCGAAAAGGGGAGCCCUAACGGUCCAAGAAGGAAGAGGGAAAUUAAGUAGCGGUCGUCCGCGUUCGUUACCAUGGCCUACCCGGGCCCCAGCUCGCCAGGAGGCUACAAUGAUGGCCACCGGCUGCAGGACAUCACUCCCUCUGCAAGUCAAUACCAUCUGCCGCAGGAGGACGAGUCCUCUCGCUCGCUACUCAACCAGGGUCCCUACGGUGGCCCCUUUGACGACCCCCAGCAACGCGGACACUCGCCCGUACGUCCCUCGUCGAAGUACAGUUUGACCGAAUCCUACUCGACAGACGCUCCAGCUAUGGCUCAAUACCCGCAGGAUCAGAUGCAGAAUCCUGCUGCCGGCUUUGGGGUGCCUGGACGCGUUCCUUCUCCCUAUACCCGCAGUGAGACCUCUUCCACCGAAGCCUGGCGCCAGAGACAGGCUCCCCAGCAAGGCAACCUCCGACGUUAUGCCACGAGGAAGGUUAAGCUUGUUCAGGGCUCUGUCCUCAGUAUCGACUACCCGGUACCCAGUGCAAUCCAGAACGCUGUCCAAGCCAAGUACCGCAACGACCUUGAGGGCGGUAGCGAAGAGUUCACCCAUAUGAGAUAUACUGCUGCUACCUGUGAUCCCAACGAGUUCACUCUUCACAAUGGCUACAACCUGCGUCCAGCCAUGUACAACCGCCAUACCGAGCUGCUCAUUGCCAUUACCUACUACAACGAAGACAAGGUGCUCACUGCUCGUACCCUCCACGGUGUCAUGCAGAAUAUCAGAGACAUCGUCAACUUGAAGAAGUCCGAGUUCUGGAACAAGGGUGGCCCCGCCUGGCAGAAGAUUGUCGUGGCUCUGAUCUUCGACGGUAUUGAUCCCUGUGACAAGGACACUCUCGACCUCCUUGCGACCGUUGGUGUUUACCAGGAUGGUGUCAUGAAGAAGGAUGUUGACGGAAAGGAGACCGUUGCUCACAUUUUCGAGUAUACCACACAGCUCUCUGUGACUGCAAACCAACAACUCAUUCGCCCCCAUGAUGACAGUCCGUCCACACUCCCACCCGUGCAGAUGAUGUUCUGCCUGAAGCAAAAGAAUAGCAAGAAGAUCAACUCCCACAGAUGGCUCUUUAACGCGUUUGGCCGCAUCCUUAACCCUGAAGUCUGUAUCCUGCUCGAUGCAGGUACCAAACCAGGGUCAAAAUCCUUGCUCGCCCUUUGGGAGGCCUUUUACAACGACAAGGAUCUUGGUGGAUCUUGUGGUGAGAUUCACGCUAUGUUGGGUAAAGGAUGGAAGAACCUCCUCAACCCUCUUGUUGCUGCGCAGAACUUCGAGUAUAAGAUCAGUAACAUUCUUGAUAAGCCGCUAGAGAGUUCGUUUGGCUACGUCAGUGUGUUGCCUGGUGCUUUCUCAGCCUACCGAUUCCGCGCCAUCAUGGGAAGACCGCUAGAACAAUACUUCCACGGUGACCACACUCUGUCCAAACAGCUCGGUCCCAAGGGUAUUGAGGGCAUGAACAUCUUCAAGAAAAACAUGUUUUUGGCCGAAGAUCGUAUUCUCUGUUUCGAACUUGUCGCCAAAGCUGGAUCCAAGUGGCAUCUUACAUACGUCAAAUCCUCCAAGGGUGAGACCGACGUUCCCGAAGGAGCUCCUGAAUUCAUCGGUCAGCGUCGUCGAUGGCUCAAUGGUUCGUUCGCCGCCAGUAUCUACGCUCUCAUGCACUUUGGCAGAAUGUACAAGAGUGGACAUAACAUCCUUCGCAUGUUCUUCUUCCACAUUCAAAUGUUGUACAACACUUUCACUGUCUUCAUGACCUGGUUUGCUCUCGCUUCGUACUGGCUUACUACAGCCGUCAUCAUGGACCUCGUUGGUAACCCUGGCCCAUCCAACGGCAACAGAGCUUUCCCAUUCGGCAACAAGGUGACCCCUAUCCUGAACACCUUGUUGAAAUACGCGUACCUUGGCUUUUUGCUCCUACAGUUCAUUCUUGCUCUCGGUAACAGACCCAAGGGGUAAGUCGUACCACACAGUCUACCCUGUAUCGCUCUCUUAUCAGCUCGCUAACUCGACGAAUUUCCAGUUCCAAGCACUCGUACAUCACCUCGUUCGUUCUUUUUGGUGUCAUCCAAUUGUAUAUCAUCAUUUUGUCCAUGUACCUGGUUGCUCGAGCCUUCUCUGGCGGUACCUCCUUGUCGUUCGAAACCGAUCAUGGCCCCGUUGAGUUCUUGAAAUCCUUCUUCGGUUCGUCCGGUCCCGGUAUCAUUGUCAUCGCUCUCGCCGCUACCUUUGGACUCUACUUCAUCGCCUCGUUCAUGUACUGCGAUCCAUGGCACAUGUUCACCUCUUUCCCGGCUUAUCUGCUUAUCAUGUCCUCGUACAUCAACAUUCUCAUGGUCUACGCUUUCAGCAACUGGCACGAUGUGUCCUGGGGUACCAAGGGAUCUGACAAGGCUGAUGCCCUACCAUCCGUACAGACCGUCAAGGAGGACGGAAAAUCAGCAACGAUUGAAGAAGUUGACAAGCCUCAGGCAGACAUUGACAGUCAAUUCGAAAGUACCGUCAAGCGCGCCCUGACCCCAUAUGUCGAACCCAAGGUGGAUGAGAAAAAGACGCUUGAGGAUUCGUACAAGAGUUUCCGUACUCGUUUGGUCUCGUCCUGGCUCUUCUCCAAUGCUAUCCUCGCCGUUGCCAUUACAAGUGAUAAACUGACUGCUCUUGGUUUUACAGUAUGUCCCACUUUUCCUAAAUUCAUGCAUAUGCUAUAGUGUUACAUUGUCCACUAACCCAUCCUGCAGUCACAAGCCACCGAACGUACCAGUCGAUUCUUCCAGUCUCUCCUGUGGGCAACUGCGGCGCUGUCUCUCAUUCGAUUCAUCGGAGCAUGCUGGUUCCUUGGCAAAUCUGGUAUCAUGUGCUGUUUCGCAAGAAGAUAGUAGUGCUUUUAAUACCUUGAUUCCGAUUGACGGCUUUCCUUUUCUGAUUCUCCAAAUACAGCUUUUCUCUUUCAAUUCUUUUCUAUAUUUUCUACUUUUUCCCUUUUUUUUUUUUUUUUCUAUUUCCUCUGUCUUCCCUUUUCCCCGGUUGCUUCUUCUAUCUCCUUUCCUGUUUUUGCCCAGCUUAUGCCAAUUCUAUUCUAAUGCCCAUUCCUGACCUAGCCGGGGACGUGUCUUGUAUUUUAGAUGAAUACUCUGUUAUUAUGUACCUGACUAUUUCUUCCCCAUGCUCCAAUCCUCCCUUGUCGCGUGUUCACUCUGUUCGUCUGCCCCCCUGGCCGUCUAUCUAUCUUUUGGAGGCUCCCCAAUUGGAAGUACGAUGGUCUUCGAUAUUCUCCGGGCUCCAUGAAAAUAUGUCAAAUUUGCACCCUUCCCCCAUAUACUAUUUAUCGGAGCGGCUUUCAUAUAUAUCCAUAUAUACCUAACAUUCAAACCCCAGUUACACACCUUUCAUCACUUAGAUAGAACACUCCCUGUAUUCUCUGCAUCUGCCUCCGUAGAUCAGAUAACUAGUUACUCCCUACGCCUAGAGUAAAUUGGUGUCACAAGCUAACCACCGAAAACUCAUACACCGCAACGAUACUGGGUAGUAAAUAUAGCAGUAGCCUCUGCAGACAGCGUUGUCUCUCGUCAUGAUAUCAGCCUCGAGUCCCCUGCGUCUGUUCCUACGAGCCCUUCUCCUGCCCG